UGUAACAGCAACCGCCGGGAGACAAUCGACUUCCAGCCAAUGCCGGGAGCUGCGGGCGGCCCCGCGACCGACGUCAACGCGCGCUGGGGGACCCGGGCAGACGCCGGAAUUAGGUCCUGCAACCGCAGGACACCCCGCGCCGGGCACCGAGAAAUAGGUCGGCAGCGUUCCUCCAGCAGAGCACACAAGCAGAGGCGGCGGCGGCUCGGUUCGGAGUGCCGGGUCGCCCUCCCGACACGCGCCCCGGGCGAGCGCCCCAGGACACCGCCGUGCCCACGGGCUACACAGCCUCAGACCUGGAGAACUCGUCUCCGGGGGACUCGCCGGUCUGGGGAGGACUCACGGGGCUGCGCAGCUCCCUCCCGCCCCCGCCGACGGCGCAGGCUCGCGGACGUCCCGUUCCCGGAGCGUCCUGUCCCCGCGUCCUCCGCCCCCUGCCCUCCCCAGCCUCCCCCCUUCCCGCCCCAGCGCCGCGCUGAACUUGGGCCAGACGCCGAGACCACAACAGCCACCUCGGAUCUGCACUCACCUGCGGCCGUCCCUCUGGAGCAGAGGCGGGGGACCGCCCGCACUGCGGCCCGCCGGGCCACCGGCCCUGCUGGCCGCGGGGGAGGGGCGCAGGAUGCGGGGCCGCCGCGGCGGGGGGGGCGCGCAGCGGGUCGGCGGGGAGCGCGGCGCGGUGCGCCGGGUCUCUUUAAGAGCCGGGGACCUUACCCCCGGGCCUCCCCCGCGCUCCCCGCCCCCCUUUCACUUUCCCAGAGACUCGCAGCCUGUCUGGCGGCGGCGGCUCCUCCCCGGCUCGCAGGGGAUCCCCGGCCGGCCGCGGCGGCGCGCGGGUCGGGCAGGGCCAGCCGCAAUCGCCUGCCUGUCCCGCCGGGCCCGGCCCGCAGCCUCCGGGAGGAGGGGGAAGGAGGGAGACGGUGCUGCAGCCGCCGAGGGAGGUGUCCCGCCUCCCGUCGCCGGAGGGGGGGAGUGUUCCGCCUCCCGCCGCCGUCUGUCUCCAGCCGUAACUGUGCUCGCCGAGGCUGUGUCUGUCUCCAACUCCUCCAGUCUCUCCUCCCUCCCCAUCCCCCUCCGCGGCGGGGACCCGGCGUGCGGCCAGGCCGCGGGGGCGGCGGGGGCCGCCGUGCUGCCGGCAGGUGGGCCGGUCUCGACCCCGAGUGCGCGAGCCGCACCAACCUCUGCAGGCUGCGUGCACGGAGCUGGGGGCGUGCGGGCGCAGAGGCCGCGGGACCCCAAGCCUCGGCGGGGCGGGUCGGCUCUGCACAAGGCGGCGGGCUCGGGCCUCGUGGGGCGCGCGCCCACCGCCGGCCGGACAGGGAACUCCAAGUGCGGAGAGACGGCUGGCUGGCUGGCUGGCGCGCCGGGAGGAGCCGGCUUGCCACGGCUGGCUGGCUAGGAAGGUCUCCGGAGAGCAGGCCGACUUGUUCCGUGCGCCCAAUGGGCAGCAGACCCGAGACACACAGUAGGGCUGCAGGACACGUAGUGGGACCGAUGAAUCCUCCCUGAGCCAGUCCCACUGGGCUGCUCCUGACCACGUGGUCACCCCCCUUAAAGAGUCCCCAUCCUUUAUGAGGGCAAUGGCUCCCUACUAUAAAGUUAGCUGGAUUCUUCCUGUUACGACCCUUUCUCCUUGAAGGACCUACAUCUCUCCUCCUCUCAAGGCCCUUUAGGACUUGAACUCCGCCAGAGUGCAGACAAUAUGUAUGCAUUUUGUCCUCCAGAAGUAAUAGCAUUGGCUGCCAAGGAGUUUGGGUACUGCCCUAGCGUACGGCAUUUUAACCCAGUUUUAUUACAGUCACCAAAAUUAGAUUAUUCCCCUCUGCCCAAAGUAAACCCCCUGCAGACAUACCAAAAUACACUAACCUGGGGUUUCAGGCAGGAUCUGUGAGAGGUGCAGCUAAUUAAAUUAAUUUUCAACUUCCCAUAAUGUCAGAGAAGAGAAUCUUUUGAAAUCGAUGAAUAAUUUGUCAGUAACAUUUUAGUUAGUGAAAUGUUGGCUUAAUUCAGCUUUCUUUAAAGAGCUCUCCACUCUCUUCUACUCUCAUGGUAAUUGCUGCAUAGAAUUUGUUCUGUCUCCAUUUAUUGUGUCAAGUCCCCUACUAAGUAGAUUGUCUUAUUUAAUACAAUAUCUGGGGCAGCCAAUGCUUUCCCAUUUUACAGAUGAGAAAGUUGAGGCUCUAAAAGAUUUAGUAACUUGACAGCAGACGGCAGAGAUGGGUUUAAAAUUCCUAACUGGCUACACACAAAGUGGGGAAUUGAACCAUACUGCCACCUACCUACAGUAGCUUUGACAUCCAGUUCAGUUAAACUCAGCCCCUACAGCAAUGGGUAGCAUCUCUUCUCUGUCAGGAGAAUGCCCAGAUCCCAGACCAACAGAGGUGCAUUUAGACUACAGAGACAACGGUAAAUCUGGCUGCUAGGGUAAACUUUUAUUAAAUGAGCAAUGAACUAAUUGUUUAAUACAGGUUAUCAGAUAGUGACAAGCAUACACUUACUAGUUUGUAUUUCUUGAUCAUGAACGCAUACCACAUAAAUAGCAGUUUAGAUGCUCUGAGGUUGGAGAAACUGUUCUUGCCCUCUUGGGGCAGAAAGAGAAAUGACUUUUUCCUUCUAAAUGAGACACAUACUGCUGUAUAGUGUCUCUACAUCAGUUCACAAAAACAAUGGAACAAUGGGGUACCUGGCUAUCUCAUUCAGUGGAGCUAAGCAUCUGACUCUUGGUUUCAAGGAGUGGGACAUGAAAAUUCUUUCUCGGUAUAAUUCCAAUUACAUUUUACCUGUUGUUUGUUAUAUACCAACAAUACUUACUCCACAGAAGAUCAGUCAUCUAAACAGACAGAAAUAGGAAGGGCAAACAUGAGUGUGGAGCUGCUUUUAGGCAAGCAGGCUUGAGCAAUGGAGUACAGAAAGGGCCCUCAGCAACCAAUUGGCUGAAUACACACAGGUCCAUUAGCUGACCCACAGCUCAAAAUAGCCAUGAGCCUAUCUGACCAAUGGGCUACUUACCACCACCAGGCACCAUUGCCAAAAGAGGGGAAAAUUCCAUACUUUGCCAUAUUUCUUCAUCUUCCCCCUUUAUAAACAGUCCCCCAUGCAUGGGGUACAUGGGUGGCUCAGUUCAUUAAGCAUCUGACUCUUGAUUUUUGGCUCACGUCAUGAUAUCAGGGUUUUAAGAUCCAGCCCCUCAUGGGGCUCCACGCUGGGUGUAGCUUGCUUAAGAUUAUCUCUCUCCUUCCACCUCUGACCCUCCCUCCCAAGAAAAACAGCCCCUACCCACUGCCCCCUUGCAGACAGCCUCUCCUCUGCUAUCCUGCCCAGUGCUCCCUUGCAGUAUAGUCAAUAAAUUCCUGUCUCCUUUGCUCUGCCUCAGGUGAAUUCCUUCAUUGCCAGUGUCACCGGCUUCUACCCUGAUCAUUGCUCCACAUUUGGGAGCCCUCGUCCCAUCAGGAGAGACACCACAUUUAGACACCACAAUGAAAAAAUGUUGGGAAAAAAAAAAAAAAAAAAAGAUCCCAAGGGCCCCAAAUGACCACAAAAUACAUGUGAAUCAGAGAACAUAAUUCUGUUACUUUGAGGUCAUGCAUAACAUUUCGAUGACAUUUAAGCUAUCUCAAAUGAUCCUUACUACUCUUUGUACUUUUUAAUUUAAAUAAGAGAUGAAGGGGCACUGGGUGGCUCAGUGGGUUAAGCCUCUGCCUUCGGCUCAGGUCAUGAUCUAAGGGUCCUGGGAUCGAACCCCACAACGGGCUCUCUGCUCAGCAGGGAGCCUGCUUCCCCCGCUCUCUCUCUGUCUGCCUCUCUGCCUACUUGUGAUCUCUCUCUGUGUCAAAUAAAUAAAAGAAAUCUUUAAAAAAAUUAAAAGUAUUUAAAAAAAAUAAGAGAUGGAGAGGAGGAAGUAAGAACAAAAAGCUUGCACUGCAGGUUCUGCUGGGGAAGUGAGAGUCCCAGUCUAGAUAAAUACUUAGGACCAGAAUCCAUGGAUGAGCUCAGCUCUAGGAGACAAGGAUCUGUCCCGAUUUCUCAAUGAUGUCAUAGGCAUGUUUCCUCAUGUUACUCUGCACCAUCAGUCUGUCUCAGACUUCAGUCUGUAAACCAGAGAUAAUAAUUCCUACCUCAUUGGGUCUGUAGUGAGGCUGGCCAUGUCCCCAUCUACAUACAGAUUACCUUCUUUGGGACGCUACCUUCCCCACUGCUCCAGGACUCACAAAUUUUACUUUUCUAUGGGUGUAGGUUUUGUGUGGGAGGAAAAUAACUUUCCCUCGACCCUUCUAGGUUCUUGGCUAAGACACUUUUGUAAUAAAAAGAUAGAUUAAUGAGAGAAAAACAAAAAUUUAGUAACAUGCCAGCCCCCCAUGUCCAUGAAAGAGACCCAUGAAAACUGAGGAACUCUCUGAAAUGGCUCAAGCCAUGCCCUUAAAUAAUAUCUCCACUAAAGAUAAAAGACGUAGGUACCUGGAGACCAGGUAUGGGAGGUGACCAGGAAAAGUGCAGUAAACAGGGUAGAGUUGUUAUGCAUAGUUAAGUCCUUGCCUUCUUCAUUUCGAAAAGUUGGAGACUCAGAGUCACCCUUCUCUUCCUAGUACAGAGAGAGACACCCUUACAUGUGGAGAUUUCCCUUCUAACGUGUAAAUGUCUCAUACAAAAGUGUAACUUCUGCUUGGUUUUCAGAGCUUCUCUCACGCCUGCUGUUUUAAAAAACUAAUGAUCAGCCUAAAAUUAUUCUUAUGCCCAAGAGGCAUAUCUGGAGGUGGAAUAGUCUUCUCCCCUCUGGUUUAAAAUCAUCAGAGACAGAAAGGAAAAUGUUUUGCAGGCAACUUCUGCUUUCAGCCUUGCUGCAAUACUCUCCCUGAAAAAGACAACAACAAAACCAGUAUCUGUUCUUUCUCCGUGAAGGGAAGGGGGUGGGGCAAAGGCAAAGGAGAAAUACAGCAGGAAAAAAGUGUAAAUGACUACUUCGAAGAUUACCCAUCCAAACAUUCUUCUGUAUAGGGUCUCUACAUCAGUUCGCAAAAAUGAUGGAACAAUGGGGUACCUGGUGAGUUCAUUCAGUGGAGCCUGUGACAAUCUUAGGGGGGGUGUCAAUUCAAGCCCCACAUUCAGUGUAGAGAUUACUUUAAAAAAAUAUAAAUAAAUAAAAU